UACAUAUAAGUAGUAGGAUUUGAUACUUUAGAUCACAUUGAUCCGAGUUUUUUCAACAAUAAUGCUUCGUUUCUAUAGGUUUAUAUUUUGUGCAACGUUGCUGUCUAUUGGUUCAGCUGACGAUGCAAAAUUGAACAACAAAAAGUUUCCUAAGAACUUUCUAUUCGGAGCAUCCACAUCUGCCUUUCAAAUCGAAGGAGCAUGGAACUUAGAUGGGAAAACCGAGAGUACAUGUGAUAGAGCAUUCAGUAAACAACCUUCCAUAGUCAUUGAUGGAUCGAACGCCACAGUUGCUUGCGAUUCAUACCAUAAAUACAAGGAAGAUGUCGCUAUUCUUAGAGACUUAGGAGUCGACCACUAUAAGUUUUCUCUAGCAUGGACUAGAAUACUGCCGACUGGUUAUGCGAAUGAAAUCAACGAAGCAGGCGUGAAAUAUUACAAGAACCUCAUCCGAGAACUUAAAAUCAAUCAAAUCCAACCUAUUGUAGUGAUUUAUCACAAUGAUUUGCCACAAUCCUUACAAGAUGAAGGAGGCUUUUUGAGUCCUUUGUUUCCCGAGUGGUUUGCCAACUAUUCCAGUGUGUGUUUCGAACUAUUUGGUGAUGACGUCUCUUACUGGCUCACAAUUAAUGAACCUUUCGAGGUUUGUGCGACGGCUUCAAAUUCUGGACCCUUUGUUGACGGGGUAGACACUUAUAUAUGCGCUUUGAGGUUGUUGACAGCUCAUGCCGCAGCCUGGCAUGUGUACGAUAAAGAGUUUAGGAACAAACAGAAAGGGAAAGUGGCGAUGGCUUUGAACGGUGAAUGGAUGGAGCCAGCUUCAAACUCCACGGAAGAUAUAAACGCAGCUGAAACUAGAAUGCAAUUCAUUUGGGGAUCCUUUGCACAUCCUCUCUACUACGGAGACUGGCCGGAGAUAAUGAAAACUAGAAUCGCCAUGAGAAGCAAGCUCGAGGGUUUCAACCAAUCUCGAUUGCCGGAGUUGACUCAGGAGCAAAUCGACUACAUCAAAGGAACCAAUGAUUUCUUUGCGAUGAACCAUUAUACAACCAUUCUAGUUAAAGCAAUCGAAGAACCCGAAAUAUCUUCUCCCAACAGUACUGCAGAUAUUGGCGUUUUUACUUACCAACGAGAUGAUUGGUUAUCUUCCUCAUUGUCAUGGUUAAAAUACGUUCCCUGGGGAAUGCGAAAAUUACUGAACUGGCUCAAAGACGAAUAUUUCAAUCCGAAUAUAAUAAUAACAGAGAAUGGAUGGGCUGACAGCACAGGACAGUUGGAUGAUGACGUCAGAGAGAAUUAUAUCAAGGAGUAUUUGAGUAAUACACGAGACGCUAUGGAUGAGGAUGGAGUUAACGUUAUGGCCUAUUCUGUUUGGAGUUUGAUGGAUAAUUUCGAGUGGAUUUCUGGAUACACAGCAAAAUUCGGUAUGGCGUAUGUAGAUUUCAACAGCCCCAAUAGGACUAGGACAAGGAAAAACUCUUCCUUCUAUUUCGAAAAAGUUUGCAAGACCCACUGUCUUGUAGAAAAAUGUGAGGACUAAAAAUUUAACUGUGUGUUAAUUGAUUUUUUGAGUUCAUGAAUUUUCUAUGUACCUAU